CUGAUUAUUUUGAUUCACCCUUAUUAUUUUUGGAUCCGUGACCGCAAUACAUUUGGCGGGAUUUUAAUCCCAUAAGAUUGCCUUGCUUCCAUUGAAGCAUAAAGAUGCUGUUUGGAGCACGAUAAUAUAAUGUGUAAUGAAUAUAAUGUAUUUAUUAUUUUUUAUUUAUUUUUAUUGCGAAAUAAGAGCAUUUUCAUUGAUGUUCUCGGACUUCUUGGCUCCCACUAUAUAACAAGCAACCAAAACAAAACACAACAAUACAAAUAACAGUUAUCAAGAGAAUUAUACACCGAUUGUUUGCUGUGCUGCGGUGUGAGUGUUUCAGCCAAUGAGCGCGCAGUGCGUGAACGUUGAUUGUGACGUCACACUGUCAGGAAGUGCGCACAUCAUCUAUGUUUGACCAUUUUCAUCUUUCUGAGAGACUUUGCAACAGGUGGAAACAUGACCGAACCGUCCAAACACGACAUCACUGCCAUUUUCAAGCGUUUGCGCUCAAUCCCGACAAAUAAGGCGUGUUUUGACUGUUCGGCGAAGAACCCGAGUUGGGCGAGCAUCACAUAUGGUGUGUUUUUAUGUAUUGACUGUUCCGGGACACACAGAUCUCUGGGAGUUCACCUGUCCUUCAUCAGGUCGACUGAACUGGACUCAAACUGGUCGUGGUUUCAGUUGCGCUGUAUGCAGGUGGGCGGUAAUGCCAGCGCGAGGGCAUUUUUCAGUCAGCAUGGAUGCAUCGCCAAUGCAGCGAACACCAAAUACAACAGCAGAGCGGCAGUGCUGUACAGAGACAAGAUCAAGAGCCUGGCUUCACAUGCCACCAGACAACACGGCACAGAGUUAUGGUUGGACAGUCAGGCUCCUCUGUCACCCACAUCACCCCUCGACAAACAGCUGGAUUUCUUCACUCAACACACACAGACUGCCCAGAAUGAAGAAAUGACUUUUCAACUGGACAUUAACCAAUCACUCGAAUCAGUUCAGGAUAAAAACAAUACUGGUGACGGUCAAGAGGGUCCUAGUGUCGAUCAGCUCAGUGUGUCACCUAAAACAGCCACAGAGUCAUCCUCUCUUCUGAAGAAGAAACCGACUGCUGGAAAGAGAAGUACGGGUGGUAGAAAAGGCGGUCUGGGCGCUCAGAAGGUGAGCAGUGCCAGUUUCUCCGCACAGCACAAGAGAGCUCAAGCAGAGGAGAAGAGCACUGAAGACUUCACUGAUAGAGUGUCUUCUCUGAGUGUGUCGUAUGAGAGUCUGGAGCUGCAGAGGAAGAGAGACGAGCAGCAGAUGAACCGUCUGCAGGGGGAGAAGAAGGAGCAGGCGGAGCGGCUGGGAAUGGGCUUCGGCGGACGCAGUGUACUGUCUCACUCGGUGAUGGAGGACAUGCAGACCAUAAAACAGGAAACUCCAUCUGCGGCCGUUUCCUCCUCCAGCAGCAGAACAUAUCAGGAUGAUGAAGAUACACGCUUCUCUUCCAGGUUUCUGGAUGAAGCACCGGGUUCAUCAGAUCAGUUUUUCUCUCAGUGGACGAGAACAAAAACACAAGAGACGAUGAAAGCCGAGUCAGACUUCUACCUGGAGACGAAGAUCCCGUCAGCAGACGAGAGGGCAACAGCGAGGAGGAAAGCUGACCCCGGGCAGCAGUCCGUGUCUGAUGACGCUCGCAGGAAGUUUGGUGAUGUUAAAGCCAUCUCCUCAGACAUGUACUUCAACAAGCAAGAUGGCUCUGAGUAUGAAGUUCGAACUCGACUGGAGAAUUUCUCAGGAAGUUCUGCGAUCAGUUCAGCCGAUCUGUUUGAAGAGCAGAAGAAAUCGGCGCCGUCCAGCGGUUCGUACAGGUUGAGUAACGUGCUGCCCAAUGUUCCCGACAUGAUACAGUUUAAGAGCGGCGUGAGAUCUGUGGCAGGAAAACUGUCGGUCAUGGCCAGUGGAGUCGUGACGUCUAUACAGGAUCGUUACAGUACAUGAGCUGUUGAAGGAUCUACAUCACAAACACUACAGCAAAAGAAGUGAUGAAUGUAGUUAUAAUUGCAUUACAAACAUUGAAUGCACGUAUGCAGCUUUACUGCAGCGGCUGGUUUACAUAUGAACUCUAUAUUCAGCUAAACUCUGCUGUGCAAUCAUUUGGUUGAUUAUUGUAUGAUUAUUUUUAUGAAUUCAUUGCUUUGGCACUUGGUUAGUUGGGCUUUUAGGUCACUGUAUUUUCUGCGGUAUUUAUCAGAAUUAUUUACUCUGGUGUUGUUUGUGUUUAGUUGGUAAUUAUAUAAGAUGGACUAGAAUGGAUCAAAUGGCAUUAAUUUAGCUUUCCCUUCACUUGAAGACCAAAAAUUGUCUCAUUAUUUGAAGUCAAAUGUUUGCACUCAUUUACUUUAUUUUUCAAAGUGCUAUAUUUUAGCUACAGCAUAUAGCAUACUGUAAUAUCAUAAGAUAAAUUAAGUGCAAUUGUAAUGAAAAAUGAUACACACUAUUACAGUUCUGAUUGUUUAAAGUCAUGCAAACAUAAAAGAAAGUUAUAUUUUCAUAUGGUCAUGUAGAGAGCGAUAUACUGUUGUUACAUACGUCCAAUCAAUGGGCUUUAGUUUUAUAAUGAACUGAAGAGAUUCUGUCACUUGUGUGAAUGUUGUGGACAGGGGUUUACUGAAUGUUCAGGUCUGUAGUGUGCACUAAAGAGUGCAUGUCUGUAGUGUGCACUAAAGAGUGCAUGUCUGUAGUGUGCACUAAAGAGUGCAUGUCUGUAGUGUGCACUAUGUGCAGCAUUUGAACACCUGGAGAUGAUGAAUAUGAGAACGGCUUGUCAAAAGUGCUUAUCUGGGAUCAGUUUCAGUGAUUUAAGUCACUGUUGACAUGAAGAAUCUGGCAGGAAAUCGAACACAUUUGCAGAAGCAUGGUCAUUUUGUUACUUUGUCUUUUUUGUUUUUACAUUUAUAAAAAUGUAUAAAGGGUCAGAACUUUCUUGGCUGCUGUUUUAUUUAGUAAACUUGUUUAAUUCAAUAAAAUAAAUCAAUAAAGAACUGACAUAAGCUAUUAAAA